UACCGGGCCGCUGUGCGCAGUGGGGCCAGCACGGCGCUGCGGGGGCUGGCGGGUGCCCGGCCGUGGCUGGAGUGGAGGAGAGAGGUGGAGCUGCUCUCCGAUGUGGCCUAUUUCGUGCUGACCACGUUGUCAGGUUAUCAGACCCUGGGAGAAGAGUAUGUGAAUAUCAUUCAGGUUGACCCAAGCAAGAAGAAGGUGCCUUCUUUCCUUUCUCGGGCCCUCUUCAUUUCUCUGCACACCGUGGUACCCUACUGCCUGGAAAAGGCACUGCUGCACCUGGAACAUGAGCUGCAGAUGGAGGCUGAGGAAUCCAGGACCCCAGAAAACCCCCCAGCAAUUUGCUUUCCCAGGAGGACCUUAAUUCGCACCUGGAUUCGGAAGCAGAUUGGGGAGCUCACAGAGCAGCAGAAGAAAACAGCCUCCCAAGUUGUGUCUGUCCUUAAACAAUCUAUCCCUCUGCUGCACCGGCUCCACCUAGCAGUGUUCUACAUCCAGGGCACCUUCUAUCACAUGUCCAAAAGGAUCGCAGGAAUCUCAUACCUGCAUUUUGGAGGAUUGCAAGGAGAAGAUCAGAGUAUCCAAUCAAGUUACCAGUUUCUUGGAAUAAUUUCACUCUUCCACCUUCUGCUGACCGUUGGAGUUCAGAUGUAUAGCUUCAAACAGAAGCAGAGAGCAAGGCAGGAGUGGAGGCUGUACCGCAACCUCACUCACCAGAAAAGCACAAGCAAGGAGGUGGCUGCCGGGCGCCAGUCACGCUGCACACUGUGCUUGGAGGAGCGGAGGCACAGCACAGCCACCCCCUGCGGGCACCUCUUCUGCUGGGAGUGCAUCACUGCCUGGUGCAACACCAGGGCAGAAUGUCCACUGUGCAGAGAGAAAUUCCACCCUCAGAAACUGAUCUACCUACGGCACUACCAAAUGUAAAGGGAACCUCUUCUGUCUCCUGACAAGAGCUCCAGCUCAUGUUCUUAUACUAAUGUCGUGGUUUUAAACCAGUAACUAGUACAGUAAAACCAGUUUAAGCCAGUAACUAAGUACUGGUUUUAAACCAGUAACAACUUGUCAUACAGCUUGGGUUGGUCCAAGAAAAGGCUUUACUAAACUGGAAACUGCCUGUGCAAGGUGGUACUACCUUCCCAUGUGACAGAAUAAAGCUAUUUGUGCUUCUACCCUUCUGUAUCUUCUGAUGCAGCUCUUGACCAUAUUAAAAAUGGGUUUCUAAAAUAUGCUUAAAACAAGUUUAAUAGUAUUCUUCAUUUUGGACAAUGGAAAACUUAAAUUCUCAUUCUCAAAAUACAAGUGUAGACAAUGAGUCCUCCACUCUUCCAUAGCAUCCUUAAGGCAUUAAUAAAAUUCUAUUAUUUAAUCUUAA